CUGGCGGUGUGGGCGCGGCGUGUGCGGCAGGCUGAGCUGCACCGCAGCGCAUACACUACAAUGGCUGCUGGAAAGAGGGGAAAGCAAACAAUUUCCAGGCCCGCCGCGUCCAGCCCGAAAUAUGGGGAAAAAAUUGCAGAAAAAUCGGAGAGCCCCGUAAAAGGCGGGAAGAGAGCGCCGGAGGGAUGCUGAGGCUCCCGCGGAUUACAGCCUGGCCAUACGGAGAAUCAUAAAUUGCUGGCAGAACUGCAUUGCUAUUUUCUACAGGACAGAAAUCAGCAAAAAUGGGAAGUUCUGGAUUUUGGUUUGCGCCUAGAAAUGUCAGUGGAACUGGUUAAGACCCAAAUCUGAAGGUUUUUCUGCAUUAUCCGCCACCAGGUGUGCACUGAACAGAGGCUACCAUAAAUCUGUUUUGAGUAUGAACAACUUUUAAAAUGUCCCCUUUUGCUUUCUUUAACGACCACAUGAAACUUGAGAAGCCAUCUAAAGCUAAAUCAUUUAGUGGAGUUGGGCAAUUCCCAAGUGUCCAACAAGAAGGCCUGGUUUAGGCUGCGAUGGCCACUGUCAUUCCUGGUGAUUUGUCAGAAGUAAGAGAUACCCAGAAAGUCCCUUCAGGGAAACGUAAGCGUGGUGAAUCCAAACCAAGAAAAAACUUUCCUUGCCAACUGUGUGACAAGGCCUUUAACAGUGUUGAGAAGUUAAAGGUUCACUCAUACUCUCACACAGGAGAGAGGCCCUACAAGUGCACACAACAAGACUGCACCAAGGCCUUUGUUUCUAAGUACAAAUUACUAAGGCAUAUGGCUACUCAUUCUCCUGAGAAAACCCACAAGUGUAAUUAUUGUGAGAAAAUGUUUCAUCGAAAAGACCAUCUAAAGAAUCACCUACAUACACAUAAUCCGAAUAAAGAGGCCUUUAAGUGUGAAGAAUGUGGAAAGAACUACAACACAAAGCUUGGAUUUAAGCGUCACCUGGCUUUGCAUGCCGCAACAAGUGGUGACCUAACCUGUAAAGUAUGUUUGCAGACAUUUGAAAGCACAGGGGUGCUGCUGGAGCAUCUAAAAACUCAUGCAGGCAAAUCAUCAGGUGGAGUGAAGGAGAAAAAGCACCAGUGUGAACAUUGUGAUCGUCGGUUUUACACCCGAAAGGAUGUCCGAAGACACAUGGUAGUGCACACUGGAAGAAAGGACUUCCUGUGUCAGUACUGCGCACAGAGAUUUGGCCGAAAGGAUCACCUAACGCGGCAUAUGAAGAAAAGUCACAACCAAGAACUUCUGAAGGUCAAAACAGAGCCAAUGGAUCUUCUAGACCCAUUUACUUGCAAUGUUUCUGUGCCUAUAAAGGAUGAGCUGCUUCCAGUGAUGUCAUUAUCUUCCAGUGAGCUGACAUCAAAGCCAUUUACAAAUACCUUGCAAUUAAACCUUUACAACACUCAGAUUCAGUCAAUGCAGAGCUCAGCUUCUGCUCACCAAAUGGUUGCCACAUCAUUACCAUUGGGAAUGCCUUGUCCAAUAGACAUGGAGUCUAUCCACCCUUCUCACCAGCUUUCUCUAAAAUAUCCACUCAGUUCUACCUCAUAUACAGUUUCUAUGACUGAUAAAGAGCAACCAUUGAAAGGGGAAAUUGAAAGUUACUUAAUGGAACUGCAAAGUGGUAUGCCUUCUUCAUCCCAAGAUUCUCAAGCAUCUUCAUCUAAAUUGGGGUUCGAUCCCAAAGUUGGGCCUCUAGAUGAUGGAUCUGGGGAUGUUUCCCUUUCCAAAAAUUCUGUUUCCAUUAGUGAACCUCUAAGCACCCCACCACUGGACUUCUCUCAGUUGUUCAAUUUUAUACCAGUCAAUGGACCUCCUUUUAAUCCUUCUGUUUCUGUGGGAAAUCUUGGAAUGAGUUAUACACAAGAGGAGGCACAUUCUUCUUUGACUCAGCUGCCUCCACAAACACAAGAUCCCCAAGACCCUGGUAAUAAUAUAGGUCUUGGAUCUUUACAUUCAUUGUCAGCAGCAUUUACAAGCAGUCUAAACACAACCACAACCCUACCACGUUUUCAUCAAGCUUUCCAAUAGGAUGAAAAACCAGCCUUGCAACUGUUUAUUUGUAGAAAUGCCUUAGAUGACUUUUAUUAAUGUAGUGCCUACUAUGUCAUUGUAAAUCUACUUUUGUACAGUAUCAAUCGCAUUAAGCCAGUAUGAAAUUCAGAUUGCCUUUUUAAAUACCUUGAAUGUUUGUUCAUGAAUGUUUACUUGUUUUUUUAAGUCUAUCAGUUUUCACUGCCAAUAGACCCAUGCUUUUAAAAAUAGAAUCAUUCCCACUAAAUGUAUGUAUCCCUUGUUUAAAUUUGCAUUAAGAAUAGAUAAUUCUGUGUUUGUCAAUAAGUGGUGGCUAUUUUAAUAAGGAUAGCAACAAAACAUUGAUCUUAAAAAAAUCAGAAAAACCUCUGCUUAAUUCAAGAUCUGAAAUGUUUUAAGAGUAAAAUUUUAACUCUUAUAUGACAAUUGUGUAGCAUAUGCAUGUAGAUAUCAAAAGUCUGGACCUAUCAUUUUUGCAAAAAUAACUAAAAGUGUUAAAAGGAAUAAAUACGACUUAAGUGCAAUUACAAUAAUAAAAUAAUUCGAUAAGAAUAAUGUUCCUGAUUGGCAAAUUUCAAAAAGAAGAUAAAUUAAGAGCUGCCUUUGAAACAGAAAUAUUUUAUUUUCAUUAAACAGAUUUGAUUUGUUUACAGAAUACAUUAUUCUUUACCUAAAUACUGAUUUUCCCAUUUGACUCUCAUAGGUGAGGUCAAGAGUCAAGACUUGCCAGAAAUUUUUGUUCCUAUCUUGUUCAUUUGAUUUUCUUGCCGUUAGAAAAUGAAUGUAAAUUUGCAAUUCCAUUUUUUCAUAUUUUCAUUGGAGCAGAUUUCUUGAGUAAUUAUAUAUUUGGUGUGUAAUCACCCUAAGCAACAACUUAGAUGGUAAUCACACUUACUACACCUGGGUAUUUGGUUAGUGAUUUUUCUCACUGCCAAGAAUUUAAAACAGGACUCUUAGGAGUGAAGUAAAAGCAUAUUGCUUAUGCCACUUUUAUCUAAAAUACCAGGGUAUUUAGGAAAGUAACGACAAAAUGACUACUCAUGGUGUGUGUCAAAUUGCCGUUUCUUUUCAAAAGGCCCUCUUAUGUCCCCUACCCCUGAUAACCAAAAGAGGGAAAAACUGUGAUAUGUAAGUACAAAAUAUAGUUUUGCUGUAACUUGGUAACAUUAUAUUCUUGUCACUUUUAGGAAGAAUUUUAAAAAUGCAUAAAUAUUUCCAGUCAUUUGCAUGAAUGAAUAUAAGGUUUUUAGUGGUUAAAAUAAAUAUACUUCACAAAAACAAAAGUUCCCUUUGAAGGAACUUUGGCUCCCAAUAUUUGUAUCAUAGUUCCUACUUUUUUACUUCAGGAACAAUAUGCAGGUGUGAUUUUACUAUUUUAUACUGAUAUGUAUUUAAAUUUUAUUACUGAAUAGUAACUUUUUUAUGUUUGUGUUCCAAAGGCAUUAAAAUAAGGAUGUAUUAAUAAGGAAAAUACCUUUUCAAAUUUCUGCAAGCUGCUCCAAUAUGCUGCGAGAAUACUUUCUCAAAGUAGACUUUAGCUCUGCUGCAUGAUUGCUUGCUUUAGUUUCUAUGAAACAUAUUGCUUAAAUAUAUCUUUAGUGGAAUGAUUUGUUCAAUAUUGCUUUCCAUCAUUUUAGCACCAUACUUUUAAGGAGGAAAAACAGAUGUCAGAAGAAAAUUGGAAAUAUUACAAAGCUACUUCAUGAUCCAAAUGGCAAAAAAGAAAAAAAAAAGUAGAAAUUUCCUUUGGGCUCUCCCUCUCUCUCUACUGAGAGAGACAGGUUUUAUUUCUUCAAAGGAAUCAAAUCACAUGAGAAAAAUUAAACAUCCUUAUUUGCUUUUUGUAGAUGUUGAAGGUAUUCAACACUUUACAGAAUUAACACUUGGAGACUGGCCUUCAUCAAACCAUUUACCAGUCACUUUAAACAGUUGUAUAAUUCACUUAGAAGAACUGGGCAUGUAUUGAAAAAUGCGUUGCAUUGAUAUCUGAAAUAAAUUGAACUAGUUUUAACCGCUCCAUUUCUAAUAGAGGCUUACCACUACAUUGCUUAUGGUAUUUGACAAGGAAUGGUAUGUACAAAGCAUGUUACAGCAAUGUUAUCUUUUCAGUGUUAGUUGCUGGAUAACUUGAUUUAAAAAAAAAAACUAAACUAGUUUUGCCAGUACUCUUUAGUACUUCUAAAAAGGCUCCAAUUGUUAUGGCAGUUAGUUCAGGUUGUCAAAUGGGAUUAAUUAGAGACAGGUACACUUCAAAUUAGUAGUUGGGACCUCAAGACAAGAUAUUGAACCUCAUUCAGUUAGCACUUCAGCAGUUGGCUACACCUUGUGUACGCAUCACUGAAGUAGGAUGUAUGUGCUUGUGGAAUCAGUUUGACAGUGUAGGCAAUAUUUACAUAUUAGUGCUUUAUGGCUAUCAUAUAGGCAGUCAUUUGUGGCAGCUUCAAAAUGUCAGUUUUAAAGCCUGUUUUAUAGUUAUCGGGUUGAUUCUUAAGGGUGGAAAGUGGUGUGUGCUGGCUGAUCAUGCACCACAUUUUUGCAACUUCUAAAUUUCUGCUAUGGAUUUUUAAAAUGUUUUACAUAUAUAUAUAUAUAUAUAUAUAUAUACAUAUAUAUAUAAUUUGCUUGUGUUUUAUUAGUAGUGAAUUGUGGAAUAGAGUGAUUUAUUCAUUUGGCAGUAGAGGUUUUCAGAAACCAUAUACUGACUAAAACAUGAGCCAGACCGGAUUGCUUUAUUAAGCUAAUAAUGAAUGUUAAGAGUACAUAUUUUCAGGAUCUUUUGCCUAGUGAGCUCUAUAUGUAUUGUAGGCCGUUGUUGAUGAUGUUGUUGAGGAGGAGCGUGUGCGUGUGCGUGUGAGUGUGAGUGUGUGUGUGCGUGCGUGCGUGCGUGCGCGCGUGUGUUAAACUAAAGCUCGAUCAACUUCUGUGUUACACAUAAUACAAGAUAUAGCACUUUCAAAAGAGAACCUAAACGUUAUAAAAGAGAAUUUCUUACAGGUUAUGCUUUCUAUUAUAAAAUCUUUUAUUGUAAUUGUUCAAGUGCCAUUAGAUGACAUAUGUGGGCCUUUAAUAUAAUCCUUUGGGUACAAAAUGGUAAACAAUGUAAUUUUAAACAGGUACAUCUUGCAGUGUUUCGUAUCAAUUUGCUAUAUUGCACAGAACCAGUGUAUCUUUUUAAAGGGUUCUACAGUGGACUUUUCAUAGGUUUACAUAUUUCAAAUAAUGCUGUUUUCCUACUGCCUUUUUAAAUACAAGUCCAAAAAUCAAGUAAUCAACAACUGUUAAAUGUAUACUCAAGAGUCUUAGAGUUUGCAGUUGUAUGCCCACGAAUGCUAAGUAAGUCUCAUGCAUUUAAGUGGGAAUUACAAAUGUCAUUAGGCACAGGAGUUCAGCCUUACAGCCCCUUCCUAUGCAUGUUUAUUGACUUUAAUGGGACUUAUCCCAGGUGAGUGUGCAUAGGAUUGCAAUUUUCAGAAUGUUUGAUAUGCAGUAUUUUAAAGAUUUAAUGUCCUACCAUAAUUAUGCUGCUGUUGGGAUUCAAUGCAGGGUUGGUCCUGUGCCUGUUAGCAUAAAGAGAAGGAUUAAGCUCUUAAUUAUUUGUCUCAUACACUGGUUUAGCAGCUAAAACUCAUGUGCCUCUUAGUAAAGCAACCUAAACAUUAUACUUAUUUGAUAUUAAGUGUAUUGUGUGGGUUCAGCUGCCUAUCUGCAUCCUGUCAGUAUACAAUACAAAGCCACAUGUUUGACAUUACACAGAAAGAUCAUGUGGAGUGAUGUCAAAGUAACUGAAAAGUAUAUUAUACUGUCCCUUAACCCAUAUAAAAUAAAGGUAGUGUUGUGCUGAAGGCCAUGUUUUUGGUAAGUUAUUUAACCCUGAAAUUGACACAGAACUAUUGCUAAUUGCAAGCAAACUCUUUUCCGUAUAAGCUUCAGUGGUACAGUUGAACCAGAAUGAAUGUUUAUCUUCUCAGAAACACUCCUGCAGAAUCAUUAUAGUGGAUCAUGCUGCUAAUGUAACUUGGGAUACAACUCCUCUCAUGGUGCUACAGACCUCCCUGUCUCAUUCAGACUGAUGUAUUUUUAUCCAUAGAGAAAGGCCUAUACUAGAUUUAUAGAUGUAUUAUAUAUUUUUAUACUGUGACAAUUUGUCAUUAAUGAAUUUUUGUACACCACCAUGUAUUCAUAUGCACUUGUAAUAUAAAAAAACUUGGACAUGCAAAUUUAUACCCAAAUAAGCCUAUUAUUCUCAAAACUCGGAGAGGGUAAAUGGAAAGAGGGCUUUUAAUAUAGUGUGAAGUGAAGAGCAUGCUUGUUUCUAAGAGCCCUUUGAAUGCUGACAGACUGGGAAACAUUGUAAAGAGAAAGACACGUGAACUUUACUGGGAUUGCUGAAAUUAUAUUUGUAGAUAAUGAAAAAUGUUUGGAUGUGUGUGCUAAAAUGUUUCAUGACACAGAUUUUGAGUCAAAAAUAGAAAAAAAAUGCAUUCCAGACUGAAUUUGUGUAUUUCAUUUGAAGUUACUAUCCUGUGAUAUGGGAAACUGAGUUGCUUAUCAUGUAUAUGUACUUUAAAAUGUAUUCACAAACUACUGUUGUAUUUGUAUAAAAUAUAGACAAAAGAUUACAUAUAUAUUUUUGUGUAUAAGCUCUGUAAAAUAGCUAUCACAUUAUGAAGCUGCAGCAGAAAUUCAUUUUAAACACUCAUAUCCAAAGAAACAGACUAUUUAUUGUCCACAUACCCUGAUAAAAAUAUAACUUGCUGCUAUUAAACAAUAGUGCUGCAGCUUCUUGUGGCCUACAGUGUUAUGUUUGCUGUACAGAAAUAUGUGAACUCCACAAAAUAUCAAUAAAACUACAGAAUGGUUUUAGUUA